AUGCCUGUCAUUGAUCUUGGCGAGUCAAUUCCGCCUGACACAGCACAUGCUGUCAGUGUCUCUCUGCCAACAUGGAAGUCCAAUGUUGGUUACGAAGAGGGUGAAGAUUGGGUUGUUAGCCGCAUGACGACAGGUUACCCUCGAGGCAUCCAGGCUUUCGCUAAGGAUAUUGUUGAUCGUCAUGGUAGCGCGGGCCAGCAGGCUAUGCUAUUCCCUACGCCACGAGUGGCAAAGCGGUGCCUUGACUUUAUUCUUCAGCGAGUCUCCCCUAAGCUGGCUUCUCAGAUCCGCACCCUUGACCUGACUCUUGACGAGUCAAAACAGCUAUCACCUGACUUGAAGAAGCUCACCUCCACAAUCUCAGCCGUGGUCUAUCCCGCUGAGGUAUUUCCCAUCGCAAAGCAGUACUGGCAGCAUACUGGAGAGGGCGCUUCUAGCAGGCGCGCUGAGUUCUGCCACGGCCUGUUCAAAGACAAUCUUCUUAUCCCUUUGACCCGUACCCGCACACCCCCCAGGGCUGGGCAGAGUCGGGCUUCUCGAGGUCCAAAACGCUACACUCGUCCAGGUUCAAUCGAUGGCAUCUCCUCUCCGGCGCCUACAACGGCCAAGGCUGCAUUGCCGGAGACUCCUGUUGAGUCUAUCGAGAGCUCGAGAUUCCUCGAAGAACGCUUCGGUAGAAACCUUGACUUGUCCAUGGCAGAGCGCGCUCAGUCUGCUAUUCGUAGGCGUAUUGCCGGUGCAAUGGCUCACGAGGUUGAUAUGAACGAUGGUCCGUUACCAGCCAUGACAUCAAACACUCGCGGUAUGCCUAAUCUCGAGGAAACGGAUGUCUACCUAUAUCCUGCGGGUAUGAACGCCAUCUUUAACGCCCAUCGGGUGCUCCUUCAUGCGAGAGAGCCGGCCAAGAGUAUCAACUUUGGUUUCCCAUAUGUUGAUACACUCAAGAUUUUGCAGAAGUUCGGCCCUGGCUGCCACUUUUACGGACACGCCUCAGCAGAAGACCUUGAUGAUUUGGAGGCCCGACUAAAAGCAGGCGAACAAUUCCUUGCUCUUUUCUGCGAGUUCCCUGGAAACCCCCUUUUGACCUGCCCCGAUCUGACUCGUAUCCGCAAGCUUGCUGAUGAGUACGAUUUUGCAGUUGUGGUCGAUGAGACAAUAGGGACAUUCUCCAAUAUUAACGUUCUUCCAGUCGCCGAUAUUGUCGUUAGCAGCCUGACAAAGAUUUUCUCUGGCGACAGCAACGUUAUGGGUGGCGGCCUUGUGCUCAAUCCUGAAAGCAAGUACUACCGCAUACUCAAGACAGCCAUGGACGAUAUCUAUGAGGACAACUACUGGCCCGAGGAUGUCAUCUUUAUGGAGAGGAACAGUCGUGAUUUCGAGUCUCGUGUAGUACGUAUCAACGCGAAUGCGGAUGCCAUCUGCAAAGUGCUGCAAACGCACCCCCUCGUCAAGCGCAUCUACUACCCCAAGUUCAACGAUUCCAAGCCUCACUACGAAAAGGUACGCUCGCCAGAUGGAGGAUAUGGUGGUCUACUUUCCGUUGUUUUCCAGAGAAAGGAGCAUGCUCAGGCCUUCUUUGAUGCGUUGGAUCUUGCAAAGGGACCCAGUCUAGGAACUAACUUUACGCUGGCCUCGCCUUAUGUUCUCCUGGCACAUUAUCAGGAGUUAGAGUGGGCCGAGCAAUUUGGCGUCGAUCCUUAUCUUAUUCGUGUGAGUGUUGGGUUAGAGGAGACUACUGAGCUUGCGAACACUUUCACAAAAGCACUGGAGGCGGCAAAGGCUGUUCAGUUAUGA